AUGACCGGGGAGAUUGACGCGCUCUAUAUCUAUGAUGAGCACAAUAGCCCUCUCGUCGAGCAUGUAUAUCGCUCCCGUCCACCCUCGGCGGCAGCUGUUCUGCCCCUCUACCUCGCCCACCCAGCCCCACGCCCGUCGGUUCUCUAUAUCCCGAACACCACUCCGCCAGUGACGGUAUUCUCCAUAGUGCAGUCAAAUCUGUUAUUUCUAGCGCUUUCCGAGGUUGACACGGAGCCACUGCUUGUGCUGGAAUUCCUGCACCGGCUCGUUGAUAUCCUUGAGGACUUUGUCGGGGCGCCGUUGAUCUCAUCCAAGAUACAGGCAAACUACGAUGUAGUUGCACAGUUGCUCCAUGAAAUGUGCGAUGCGGGCAUCGUAUGCAACACAGAGCCAAAUGCGCUGCAGGAAGUUGUCGAGAUGCCGGGUUGGAUGGGGAAGUUGCUUGGAGGUGUUGGACUGCCAGGAUCGUCUACACCCAUCUUAGGACCACCGAAUCCCCUAAAGCAAUCGCUCUCGGCUGCGAAUGUUGCCCAGGGUCCUGCAAUUCCAUGGCGGAAAGCCGGUGUACGACACACUUCGAACGAGCUAUACGUCGAUAUAAUUGAAUCCCUCUCAGUAAUUAUUGCUCCAUCUGGAAGAUUACUAUCGGCUUUGGUAUCAGGAACUAUCGCGUUUACAGCGAAGAUAUCCGGUGUGCCCGAUCUGAUCCUCAACUUGACCACACCUGGCGGCCCACAAGCCAUUGGACGGAAACUAGAUCUACCCGUGUUUCACCCCUGUGUCCGUUUAGCUAGAUGGAGGGAGCGACCUGGGGAACUCAGCUUUGUGCCUCCCGACGGGCGGUUCAUUCUUGCCGGAUAUGAGGUAGAUCUUCUUUCAGUCGAUCCCAGUCUCGAUGAGCCGCCUACACAUAUGGAGAAGGUGUUUUUGCCCGCCUUUGUCGACAUGCGGAAAUCACUCGGACCGACUGGAUCUGACUUCGAAGUCCGUCUUACUCUCAACACCAGCUUUCCUGGAUAUUCAUCAACCAGCCGUCCCGGGAUGGGACGGGGCGGAUCCGGCACAUCUACACCAUCAUUCCUUGGAGGAAGCGGGAGCCCCUCAUCGCCCGUCCUAGACGAGGUUGUGGUGACGAUACCAAUUCCCAAGUCAGUCCGGAGCAUCACCGACAUGCAGGCAAGUCGCGGCGAGGCCAUGUUCACACCAGGUAGCGAUACCCUUGAAUGGCGCGUGCCGACGAAAGAGGCCGGAACCGUCUCGGGCACGGCGACUCUCCGCUGCACCGUUCUCGGACACCAAACCGCGGAGGAUGAUUACGACGACGACGCUGAAGGCGCCGACGCCGACGCCGACGCGAAUCUCUUGCGGGGCUACUACGACGCCGAUGCAGCCACAUCCUACCAGACCGCGGACGCGGAGACCGGCGCAGUGGGUACGCGGAAACGCAAGACCAAGAAAAAGAAGAAGACAACAAAGACCAAGAAAUCAUCCAAAUCCGCCACCACCAACCCGCUCGUUGCCUCAGACAUGGACAGUCUGCCCCAGUCCUCCUCCCCCGAUCCAUCGAAGCCGCAAAGUCCAGCACCACAACCACCGUCAGCAUCGUCACCUGCCCCUCCUGCGCCCUCACCUUCCUCGAUCUUCUACACGCCGCCCCGUAAAACCAAAGCCCAGAUCAACGCCAGUCUGAUGCCCAAUUCCGCCUCCGUGUCAUUCUCCGUCCGAGGUUGGCUUCCUUCGGGGGUCAAGGUCGACAGUCUGAAUGUCGACCCGCGGCGCAGUCGCGGCCUCGGCGAAGGAGUCAAACCAUAUAAAGGUGUUAAAUACCUGUGUAUUAGCAAGAAGGGUGUUGAAACAAGAUGUUGA